AUGCUCCGAAGCGGGCUCGUCGCCCCAAGCCAGACUACGCACAGUACAUUGUCGGCGCUGCUGAACGAGGAUGAUGCUCAGGAGCGAGAUCGCCUGACUGAGAAAUGGCGCGACCAUAAGCUCCAGGAGCUCAACUUCAUCGGCGUGGUGGGCGCUCUUCUCGCCGGGGUUUUGACCAGCACGGGUAGCUGGCCAAGCGUCCUAUCCAACGGGAAGCGCCAGCCGUGGUCAGUGCGGGCGUUUUGGUUCUGCGGGAUCCUGUUUGCGCUCUUCUCCGUCCUCAUCGCCGCGCAGCAGACCCUGCGCCUGCACCGCCUCAGCGCGCACCGUGACGGGUUGGCGUACAUCAGGAGAUGCAUGGCCGGCGGUGUGCACAGAGACGGCCGCGUUCGACCCCGGAGGGGCCAGGUGUACGCAUGGCAGGCGAGCACGGCGCUUCUUACGGCCGCGGUCAUCUGCAUGAUCGGUGGUAUCACUGUCCUCGUUUGGAUGAGCACCGAAUGGGGGCCCUUCAAGGACCCCGAAACCGAGAGCUGGUGGGACGAUGAUGCCAGGCUCGCGGUCACGUUUUCCUCUGUGCUCGUGUUGACUUUGACUGUAUUUAUGGUCGCCCAAGCGUCAUUGACUGUGGACUCCACGGGCGAGUGA